AUGGCUGCUUCCUACUCUGCCGCCCAUCGAACACCACCCGAACUCUUGCGUGACAUCUUUGUGCAAGCGUCAUAUCAGCCGUUCCCCUCCUUGACCCAACUGGAGAUCCCAUUCUUCGGUGACAAGAGUGACCCUCCUCUUGCAAAACAACUCACUCGUCAAAACAUAGACGGUGGUUUGGUACCAUCUCAGCCUCACACUGCGGAGGCACUUUCUCUCGUUUGUCGUCACUGGCGUUAUGUGGCCCUAGGUUGUCCCGAGCUAUGGACCACCAUUCACAGCGGGGGCUCUCGGGUGCUCGCCAAGGCAUGCCUGAAACGUUCCGCUGGUCGCCCUCUACGUAUCUGGGUUGACAUUGCGCUAGGUAGCCAAGACAUCGAAAGGGUGAUUUCGUCCCAGCAAGAACGCUUCGAGGUGUUGCACAUCACUUGCAUGGAUCCCGACGAUUACUCAAAGUGGGAGGAUUUUCCAGACCAGAUGAUGAUUCGUCGCAUCGCGGAUCUGGCCAAUUACUCGUCUCGGCUCCGAGUUCUCUCCAUCAAGAUACCUCAACGCAUGAUCGCCACCUGGGACGAGUAUCGUCCACUGACAUGGGGACAGCCGAAUCCGCUCGCGAGUAAUUUCAGCAACAUUCAUUCCCUUUCAUUGUCCACCUUCCUUCCAUUUGUUCUACCUGGCUUGGUCAAUCUCCGCCAUCUAUCGUGGCACCCGGAGUACGAAACAUCGAGGAGGGUGAGAUACUCCUCUUACGAUGUCGUCAAGCUCAUUCAACAGAACAAGCAGUUGGAGACGCUAGAGCUUAUCGAACUCAACCUCUCUAAGCGCACCAAGCCUGACGACCUAUAUUUGAUCACCCUCCCUGCUCUACAUACUUUGACAAUCGUCGGCACAGCGGACAGUUUUCUUGCGUACAUGUCGGACUGUCUGACGAUCCCCGCACUUCGCCGUCUCUCAGUCAAGUUGAAAGCAACAUACGAGAAUCACAUAGAGCGCCAUACACUUCACGACCUGUUCACUGACUCCGAAAAGCGCAGCUAUAACGAUCUUACCGAUUCCAUUCUCGCUCCCCCGACGAAGGUCUUCGUGAGUAGUAGUUCAGACUCCCACUCGCCGAGAAGCCUCCUCUCCUACAAAAAUGGAGACAUCAGCAUCGCGAUAUCGGUCUAUGCCUGCUGGUACACCUCUAUGCCUGCUGAAGAACUCUGGUUACGGAGUUUUUCCGCACCGGAAUCCGAUGAGCCGUUCUCGGCGGACUUGAUUCUCGAGCGUUGUCCCCUCCUCAAAAAGCUCGUCGUCCUCUCUGCGACUAUCGCGGAAGCCAUUCUCCGUACACUUCGACCACACGACUCGAAAUCCUAUUCGAUCACGUCCACGGUCGUGCCUUGCCCCCUACUCGCCGAACUUUGUCUGUUCUACCCGUGGACCGACAAAUACGUCGUAGAGUCAGCACCUGGUCGUUCGGAAAUCGAGGAGUUCCUGGAGGCAAGACAACGAGCUGGUUAUCCCUUACAACGUGUUUGCGUCUACGAUUCCCGUCCAAAGUUCGUAUUCGCACAAAACGCCGGCCCCUCUCUCAACGCCGCACAAACUUCACCCGAAUCGGACGAAUGGCAGAUCAAAGUAGGCGAUACCACUGUAUACUAUUGCCGUGCGUAUCCCGAAGACCUAAAACUUGACAAGCCUGGUCCGCCUAUGGAGCCGUGGGUCCAACUCCGACGGGAGUUGCUCGAGGAGAAACAUUUCCUGGAGGGAGAUGAGGUCUUAAGGUGGAUACCGGGCAACUAUGAGCUUUCGGACGAGGAACUAUCCGAGAGGCGGCGGGAAGAAAAGGAGGUGGAGACUCGGAGAAAACAACAGCGGCAAAAUUAUGUUGAGAACGCUGGGAUGAAGGAGUGUGUGACCGACGAGGAACCAGUGAAAGGCAGUCGGGAGGACCAAUGUGAGGAGAAUGAUGGUGGGGGUAAAAGCCAACAGGAAGCUGUGGGAAUGGGAGAGGAACAGGCGGAAGAAGGGCAUUAG